UCGGAAGGAUACAUAUAAUAGUCAAUUGACUAUAAUACAUAUUAUUCCUCUGAACGAGAAAUGAAUACAUUUCCGUGAAUUCAUAUCACGUAAAUUUUUACAGUAAUGAAUUUUAUUUUUAUUGACCAGUAUAAUUGAAAAGUCAACAAUCAUAUCAAUAUGAUUGAAAUAAGCGUCGGAGAAACAGACAGUGAUAACAUAGAAGUAUUAGUAGAUUCAACAUUAAAUACUGAAAAAAGUAUUCAUUUAAUAAAUCCAUUUGCACAAUUUAAAUCGAAAAUAUCAAAUAAACGAUUUUUAGAUCAAUCUCAUAAUAAUAGUGAUAUUGAACAAUGUGCAAAAAAAGUACACCAAGAAUUACGACCCAUACAAUCAAUUAUUGAGAGUAAUAAGCUAUUAGAUCAUGACAUUAUUGAAAUAGAAGACGAAGUAAAAGAAAAGAGUGGUAAUACAGAAGGAAAAAUGGAUAAAACUGAACUAUCAAAGCUUCAACAUAAUAGCCAUGAUCGACAGAAAAAAAAUAACCAUAAUACACAAAAUUUUAAUAAUUAUAACAAUACUCUAGUAAGUGAUAAUAAAGAAGAAUGUGAGGUUGUUUGGGCAGGAAUUGGCGAUAAAUCUAUGGAAAAUUACAUAAAGGAAGAAGUAAAAAAAAGAGUAAAGGAAAAAGUCGAAGCAUUUGAAAGUAUGACUAAAGCCCAGAUGGAACAUGAACGAAUUUUAAUGAAUAAAUAUAGAAAGAUAGAAACAGAGUACGCUUUAGAAUUAGAAAAACAAAAAAAUGAAAAAGAAGAUAAACAAAGAAAAAAUGAAAUACAAGAGGAGUACAAAGAUGAGUUUGUACAAGCAAUUUUAUUUGAAAAAAACUUAGAAGAGAAAGAAUUAAUAUUGAGGAAUCGAAUAGAAAGAUUAAAAUUAAUAGAAUCAAAAUUUGUACAACAAACACUAGAAAUAAAAUUACUAAGACAACAAAAUCGAGAAUUGUUGAAAAUGAAAAUAAAAGAAUGGGAAGAUAAAGAAAAAUUAAACCAGGAGGGUCAACAAGGAAUAUCGAUUGAAGAUUAUAAAGUUUUAAUCAACAAUAAAUCCAUAGAUUGUGAGUGCAUAGAUGACAUAAUCACUAAUAAAUCCAAAUCUAGCACUGAAGAAAUAAAGUAUGUACCGAAAUUAAAUGAAUUACAAGAACGUAGGAAUACUCAGUUAUUAACGAACAGAGCAGAAAGGGAAAAAUGUAGACCCACUCGAAUGUCUCAUGAAGAGUGGGAGAAUGAAAAAAAAGAAAGAGAUAAAAGGAACCUCAAUCUUAAGAUUAAAGGUUUGAAAUCUGAGAUGGGACCAAAAGAUUUAGAAACAUAUUUGAAACGAGAAAUGGGAAUAAUAGUGAAGGUUAAACACGUAAUGAAAGUUGGUAAAGAUAUAAUUGUUCAAUUGAAAGAUAUGAUAUACAAAAGGAAUAUUCUUCAGAGAGUAAAACCUAAUAAUAGUGGAAUAAGUAUAAUAAAUGAUUUUACAUGUAGAGAAGAAGAGGUACAAAAGUGGUUGAGGGAUGAAGCUGAUUGGUUACGAUUAAACGGAUAUUCUGUAAAAACUAAACCCAUGAGGUUGAUGAUUAACGGAAUCAACUGGGUUUGGAAUGAAGUACUUGGAGACUUGAUACCUGAAAGAAUCUAAUUAAAACUUUUUAUUUGUAUAAUUAUUUUAUGUUUGUUUAAUUACAAUAUUUCAUAAAAUUUCUUCUUUUUUUACAAA